AUGACAGAAACACAACUUGACCCGACAGGCGCCAUGUCGUUGCGCGUCUCGGCUUCGAUGAUUACACUGGUCUUCAUUUCUCUGUGCCUACGAGCAUGGGCCAGAAGCAAAGUACGCAAAGGCGUUCUUAUGGAGGACAUCCUCAUCGUCCUCGCUGCUGUGUUGUUCUAUGCCAACCAAGGGGUAUUCCUCUAUGCCAUUUUAGGCAGUGGAUCUUCAGGUGGGUCUGACUUCAGCUUAAUGACGAAAUAUCAAAUGAAUCGGUUUCUCAAGUAUCUUUUUGUGGAAGAACUUCUUUUUCUUCUCGGCAUUACCGCGACAAAAUUCUCGAUCUUAACAUUUUAUCGACAUAUAUUCGCUGUGCCUUCAUUUAUACGAAUCAAUUGGAUCCUCAUGGCUAUCUGCGCCUGUUGGGGCAUUGUUGCCUUUUUCGUCAUUAUAUUCGAGUGCCAUCCCGUCAGCGCCAUGUGGGACUACAUAUCUUUGCGAGACAGGAAUACCUGUAUUCCCGAGGGGGCCAUGAUCGCCGGCUUUGGUAUUGUCGAGAUUCCCAUCGACAUCAUGAUCUUGGCGCAUCCAGUGCUUAUGGUGCAUAACCUAAAGCUGCCUUCAAUUAAACGAGCCAGUCUGAUGGGUGUAUUUAUGCUAGGUGGAUUUGUCUGUGUCACUUGUGUCGUGAGGGUCUGGUUCAGCUGGCUUCCGUCUACAGGAUACGAUCGUAACAUCCCCGCAUCGCUGGAUUGGACCACUGUUGAGCUGGCCAGCGCUAUUGUCUGUGCAUGUCUUCCGACUUAUGGGCCAUUGAUUCAAAUUCAGAAGAGGAUUGCUAGUGUGAGAUUGUCUUACGGGAAGAUGCGCGACGCUUCAAGCAAGGAGUCGGUAACACCAUCCGUCAGGGACAGUGUAAAAGUGUUCCUCUCUAGGGAACAAAUCGAUCCUGAAAAUACACAAUUGGAGGUAUGA